UUUGACCAAAGCUAAUUUUUCCAGAAUAUUUAUUCGUUAAAACGGACAAAAAUGGCUCAACUUAACUUAUUUGUUGUUCUGGUCGCGUCGCUGGUGUGCUUCACAUUGGCUGAAGAAAAGUACUCAACUAAAUACGAAAACUUUGACGUGGACAAGGUGUUAAACAACGACAGUCUUUUAACCAGCUAUAUCAAUUGUUUGCUCGACGAAGAAAAUUGUACCGAGGAAGGCCAAGCAUUGAAGAGAGUUUUACCAGACGAAUUAAAAACUAACUGUGGAAAAUGUACAGAUGCACAAAAAUUAAAAAUAGUAAAAAUAAUAAAAUUUUUGAUCAAGAACCGUUCUACUGACUUUGAUCGUUUGACCGCCAAAUACGACCCAUCGGGAGAAUACAAGAAAAAGCUCGAAAAAUUCUCCGCUUAAAGGACUGCAGAUGCUAAACAAUAAUUAUUUUCAUUCUUUAUGUCUUAAACUUUUUUUAUGCACUUCCCGUUGUAUUAAAACCAGUACUAUGGUAUUUCAAUAUUAUUUAAUUAUAUGAUUAUAAAAAUUUGAUACAAUUAUAUGUUUCUGUUAAAAUAAAUAUUAAUUAUUUAUG